GUGUUAGUCGUCAUUCCCACAACAGCAAACAAAUAGGUUACUGAGUGAAGUCUCGACUAAGUUCAACUUUCCUCACUUCAUGGAAAAGAAAAGGGGAGAGAAAUAAGGAAGGAAGAUGGAGCUUCUUUACACCGUUUCAGAGAAGAGAGGUUCAGAUGAAGCUCAUUUGUCUUCGCUCUAUGGAGAUGGCGGUGUUUGCACUAUAUCAUCCAAGAGUGUUGUGGCUUUCACACGCACAUCUACAAGGCAAGACAACUACAGGCAUCGUAUUCCAAUCUACACAGUGUGUGUCAUGGAUCUGAAUUGCCCUUAUGAACCUCAUGUUAUUGUAGAAUCAGCAAGCCACGUGUCAUCGUUGGUUUUUAGCAGUGAUGGAUCUCAGUUGUUAGUAGUUCGUAGUAUGGGGACAGUGCAACUAUUUUCUAAGGGUGCUGGAUUACACGACUGGUCAGUUACCCAUACCUGCGAUUGGGGUGGAGAAGACAUUCUUCACAUCAAUUUCUUUCAUGGAGGAAUUCGUACAUGUCUACAUGCAAGUGAUGUCAAAGUUCAUGCUUUAUACACAGAGAAGUUUUCAGCUCAGCCACAUAAACCAUCACUAGUAGACCAUGGACAGUGUGCUGUGAAUGGGUUCUUUGCUGUAACAGCUUCAGGUUUGUUGCUGGUGUGCGCAAUGACUCACGAGGGUAAUGUGAUGACAGAACAAAAGGUGGUGCUGGGACAUACUAGAGACAAUUUCACAGUGGCCACAGCUGCUUUGGCACCAUCUGGACACAUCCAUAUAGCCACUUGGAAACCAGAGAUGAUCAAGUGUUGGAGAAUCGAGCUGAAGAUGAUUGAGGAGGACAGCGGUGGCGGGAGAGGGGAGAUUAAGGUCAAGGUUCAGGCUGCACAGUCCUUCUGCCCCUUCCGUUCAGGCAUGGCAUGGCACAGUACGCAAAAAAAUGAGGGUCUUGUGCAGGUGACAUGCUUGAGGUACACUGAAAUGGAAGACCCAAAUAGUCUUCUCGUAGCUCUAACAGUAUCACAGGUCGGAGAAUCAGUGCAACCACAACAGACUCCAAAUGGAACACCCAUCAGCUCUGUUUUACACAUGGUUCAAAGAUACCAGCUGCAAGAACAGGUUAAACCUCUGCUGAAGCUCUUUAAACCAAUGGCUGAGUCAACAGGAGUCACAACCAAGGAGUGGGUAUGUGUUGGAGAGUGGGUAUCCAGUAGCAGUGUCAUAACCCUUGGCACUGCCCCACGCCAUCUUUUGCCUGGCCCACCAGGUGCUCAGCUACCUUUUAUCAUCACUGCAGCUACAGCUGACUCUUCCAUCUAUGCUAUUAAUAGAGAUAGUAUGCAGCAGAUGAGUUACCAUAAUCUACAAGGGAGCAGAGGGAAUGGUGAUGACCAGCCAGUGAAGAGAGUAGCCACAGACAGGCGCAUGGUUUGUCUGUCCCAUACGUGGAGUGGAUUCUCUCUCUUGGCCAUGGAUUCAACUGGGGGUCUACAUUUCUUUACGUUAAUGAAGCCAGCUGAUGUCGGGCCACAGUGGGCAAUAUCAGUUAUCUUGUUACUUGAAUUUGCCCUUGUUAGUAGCAAUGACUGGUGGGAUCUGCUCGUGUCCACUCCCCCCUCGUCCAUCCACACCCUCACCGACAGACUCACAGACACUUUCCUAUUGCAUUCACCACCCAUCAUUCAGCAUCUGCACACAAGGUUUCUUGUCAUGAAAACCUCCAUGCUCAGACUAGCAGGAAGUCAACAACAGAAGGCAAUUGAAGCUCGUCUCCAGGCUCAGUUGACUGCUAUUCAGCAGUUGUUCAGGUCCCUUCGACCCGUUACCUGUGAUGUAGCUACAGCAAAGAAAAAUAUUAGUGUUUCUUUACAAGCUUUCCAAGAGAGCCGUCCUUCACUUGAUACAUUAGAUAUCGAAAAGGCCCUCGACCUCUUCUGCAGCUCUGUCAAUAUCAAAGACUGCCAAGUUGACCCGGGACUUUUGCAGAAUCUCCAGCCUCUUCUGCAGUUUGCUGCAGAUCUUGCCCUUUUCAUUCUCUUUAUGCUUGCACAGAAUAGCAAAUUUGAGCUGGCACGAGAUGGUAAGAUAGUUCAGAGUCUUCGAGAAAUUCUGUUUGUGUCACGACUGUGGCAUCGACAAAACAAGUUGGUGCUGCCACAGAUGUUUCACAAGACACAGUCUGUGGAUGUAUGGGCUCAAAUUUACAAGCUGCUGACAAGAUUGGCUCAGAUUCUUCCAGGAGAGCCAGACUCAAGCUUAAUUGAUGAGUGUGUUUUGUUGGAAACUCAAGUAGUGUGCCGAGAAUUGCCUCUUCAUAUCCCUCCAAGGGGUGUGAUAGCAGAUAUGGCCUCAUCAGCUGCAACACCAAUCUCAUAUGAGUUUGGGCAACCUGAAAGCAAUCCUGUAACCAACAACAACACUCAAGCUCGCAUUCUGGAGGGAGCACUGCCACCUCUACAGCAGCUUGACCCUCUUCACUACCACUACCUUGCUGCUCAGGAACCAAAGUUUAGCUGUACCAGGUGCUGCAGUGUGCGUGGGAGUUGGUGGGGAGAAGGAGAGACUGUAUGGGAGCAACAGUGGGCCUCCAACUGUAUUUGCACUGGCCACUGGGCCCAUUGUCCAGUAGCACCUACCAAGGCUGCAUAAGACUGCAGUAGCUUGAAAAUAAGCUAUCUUAUCUCCUUUGUAUAAAUGGUAUAAAUUGUUACUCCAAAGAACAUCCUUUUUUUUUUUUCUGAACAAUACAUGUUAGCAGUUCCCUAAACAUUUGAUGUCUUAUGUGCAGUAUCAGUCACUGAUGAUUCUGAUAUAACAUAGGUGAUAUUCCACGCCCAAAAGAAGUGCGACAGGAUUCAGAUGUAUAAAUUACAUUCUUCCAUGUUAAUUUCUUUAAGGCAGAAUGGGACAUCAAAUUAGCUAAUUUUGUGUAAUGAAACUGCCACCAUUUCCUGGAAAUUAUGGUACGAGGUGAAUUAUAAAGCAUGCGUUAAUGCCAGAGUAUAGGUACAUCUACACUUCUAGUCGUAGGUUAUCCUCCAAAAGAAUGGCUGGUAGCGAGUGUUGGAAAAGUCAGCAAAGUACAAGCUAAGAUUAACAGUGGUUAGAGAUGAAUUUUAUUCAUGGCAUUGCUUAUUCUUCAUGUUGCUCUUUUGUAUUGCAGUUAUCUCUGUAAUGUGUGCUUGAAGUAUUUUGUUUUUAUAUUUAAUAUAAGAUUUAUGUAU